AUGGGUAAUAGAUCUGAUGUGCAAUGUCGAUAUCAUUAUCAGCAAUUGAAAAAAUUGCUUCGCAAGCCAUCAAAACAUACAAAGUCGCAGCAUAAUACUGCAAAAUCUACUAAAGUCCGCGAUGACAAACAAGCUGUUUCAUUAAAAUCAAGUAAUAAUAAUGAAACUACAAUUGAAAGCCCUCCACUUGUUGAAGGUGUCAUCAAGCGAGCACUACCUCCUACUCAGCCCCUCACAAUUUUAUCUCCAUUGGAACCUCCUAUUUAUCUAACUCAGAAAAUGCUGGAUACAGCACAUAAUAUUGAUGCAUUUCUCAACCAGUUUGGUUACUGA